AUGAUGAUGGUGACUUUGCGGCGCCGCGUGAUGUGCGACCUGCUGAUCCUCGCGCUCUUGUGCUGCUGCUGCUGCUUGUCCGUCUGCGGGACUGCUGUGCCGGCAAAAACCUUUUUGUUUGUGGCUUUUUCGUGUCCCGGGACUGACGGUAAGUUGAGUUGGCGUCUUCGAGGCGAGGAGGAAUGGAAAAAGUGCCCUAAGAAGCCUGGAGAAGUCGAUCAAGACAAUGAUGAGCGUGCACGGGUGUGCGUUGCCGGUGGGGACUUCUACGAAUAUUCGAAAAGGAGAGCGAAAGAAUUCUGCCGUCCUCCCAGUGGCCGGGUAGAAUUUUUGUUCGAGAUAGAAUUUGCGACGUACGAGAAUUUAAGUAGCAGCAGCUCGGCGACGGCACAAAACAAUGAUCGGGAGGCCACUGAUGGCGCGCAACAGCUUCAGUCGCAACCGCAGGCUGGAAAAGCGGCCCCGGCAGCUAUGGCGGCUGCACCGACAACGCCGGUUGUUGGCCAGGCACAGAGCGGCGUCGUCAGUCCGCCGAGGGAGGCAACUGAGGCACCGCAGAAGAAGUUGCCUGAACAAACAGCCGAGGACGGCCCUGCCCCAAUGCUGAGCGAAAACAUCACCGUCGAGGAGGAGUCGCCUGAGCACACAGACGAAGGCGGCUCUGCUCAAAGACCAAGCGAAAACAUCGCCGCCAGCCCGCUGACGUCUACAGACGCGAAUGAACACGUGGCAUCGGCACCCGAAGCUUCCGGACGGCCGUCCUCUUCUCCAUCCGGCGACGGCGCAGCCAAUGAAGCUUCCCACAACAGUAAUGAGGGUGACAGCGAAUCCGACGCCAAUGGCGAAGGCACCAGCACCGUUACCGGCACGAAUCCGCUCCAACCGACCAGAGACGAAAGUGCAAACGAAAGUACAGAAAAUAUUGCCGCUUUGUUGCAGAAUUUUGUCGGUCCGGACGGCAGCGAUGUCACCACUGUGUGGGUGCGCACGCCCCUGCUGCUGCUCUUCAUCGCCCUUGUCUGUGCUGCUGUGCGGUGA